AUGGACGGGCUGCUGCUCUUGUGGGGCAUUGUGCUGGCGGGCAGUGCCCGCUGCCAGGCGGUGCCCGCCGAGCCGGGCGCGCCCUCCUGCCCGCCCCAGUGCCACUGCGAGCAGGAUGGCAUCGUGCUCUCGGUGGAUUGCUCCGAGCUGGGGCUCUCGGAGCUCCCCGCCAGCCUAAGCCCUCUCACCGCCUACCUAGACCUGAGCAUGAACAACAUCAGCCAGCUGCAGCCGCGUGCGCUCCGGCACCUGCGCUUCCUGGAGGAGCUGCGCCUCUCUGGAAACCAGAUCUCCAGGAUCCCAGGGGAAGCUUUCUCUGGCCUCUACAGCCUGAAGAUCCUGAUGUUGCAGAACAAUCAGCUGAGCAGCAUCCCUGCAGAGGCACUGAGAGAUCUUCCAAAUCUCCAAUCUCUCCGCCUGGAUGCAAACCUCAUCUCCGUGGUGCCCGACAGGAGCUUUGAGGGGCUGCUGUCCCUGCGUCACCUGUGGCUGGACGACAACGCGCUGACGGAGAUCCCGGUGCGCGCCCUCAACCACCUGCCAGCGCUGCAGGCCAUGACCCUGGCCCUCAACCAGAUCUGGCACAUCCCCGACUUCGCCUUCCAGAACCUCAGCAGCCUCGUGGUGCUGCACCUGCACAACAACCGGAUCCAAAGCCUGGGAGCUAACGGCUUUGAUGGGCUGCACAGCCUGGAAACCCUGGAUCUGAAUUACAACGAGCUGCUGGAGUUCCCCGGGGCUAUCAGGACACUGGGCCGACUGCAGGAGCUUGGUUUUCACAACAACAACAUCAAAGCUAUUCCAGAGAACGCAUUCGUUGGGAAUCCCCUCCUCCAAACAAUCCAUUUUUAUGACAAUCCCAUCCAGUUUGUUGGACAGUCUGCUUUCCAGUACCUGCCAAAGCUCCACACUCUGUCCCUCAAUGGAGCCACGGACAUCAGGGAGUUCCCAGACCUCAAAGGCACCACCAGCCUAGAAGUUUUGACCCUGACCCGGGCAGGAAUCCAUUUCCUCCCCAGAAGGAUGUGCCAGCAGCUGCCCAGCCUCCGAGUCCUAGAGCUGUCACACAACCAAAUUGAGGAGCUGCCCAGUUUCCACCGGUGCCAGCAGCUGGAGGAGCUGGGUCUCCAGCACAACAAGAUCCAGGAGAUCAGAGCAGACACCUUUGUGCAGCUGCUGGCCCUGCGCUCCAUAGACCUGAGCUGGAAUUCCAUCCAGUUUAUUCACCCAGAAGCCUUUGUGACCCUGCACUCCCUCACCAAGCUGGACCUGACUGACAACCAGCUGGCCACGCUGCCCCUGGAUGGUUUGGCUGGACUGACCCACCUGAAACUCCAGGGCAACCCAGCUCUCUCUGAGCCCUUCAGCAAGGAGAGCUUCCCCAAAAUGAGAGUCCUGGAGGUGCCCUAUGCCUACCAGUGCUGUGCCUAUGGGAGCUGCAGCAGCUUCUUCAGGGUGUCCAGCCAGUGGGAGGCAGAAGACAUGGCCCCUGAGGAGGAGGAUCCCCACAAGAGGACCUUGGAGUUGUUCCCAGGCCACGGUGACAACCACUAUGACCUGGAUGCAGAUGAUCUUCAGCUGGACCUUGAGGAAUCCAAGCUGCACCCCACAAUUCAGUGCACACCAAGCCCAGGUCCCUUCAAGCCCUGUGAUCACCUGUUUGAGAGCUGGAUCAUCCGCCUGGGAGUCUGGCUCAUCGUCCUCGUCUCGGUGCUCUGCAACGGGCUGGUCAUCCUGGCUGUCUUUGCCUCCCCCAGCUACCUGUCCCCGGUGAAGUUCCUGGUGGGCUCCAUCGCCGGGGCCAACCUGCUGACGGGCAUCUCGUGCAGCAUGCUGGCCCUCGUGGACAGCCUCACCUACGGCCGCUUCGCCCGCUACGGCGCCCGAUGGGAGACGGGCGCGGGCUGCAGGGUGACAGGGUUCCUGUCCGUGCUGGCCUCCCAGGCUGCCAUCUUCCUGCUGACCCUGGCUGCUGUGCAGUGCAGCCUCUCGGCCUCCUGCGUGCGGGGAUACGGGAAGUCCCCGUCCCUGGGCAAGGUCAAGGCCGCUGCCUGUUGCUGCCUCUUGUUGUCCUCUGUGGCCGCCAUCCUGCCUCUCUUCUCCAUUGGGGAAUAUGGAGCAUCCCCUCUGUGCCUCCCAUACCCCAUCCCAGAGGGGAAACCCAGCAGCCUGGGCUUCACCGUGGCCUUGGUGAUGACAAACACGCUCUGCUUCCUGACCAUCACGGGCACCUACAUCCGCCUCUACUGCAGCCUGCUCAAGGGGGAGUUCAGCGCUGUCUGGGACUGCGCCAUGGUCAAGCAUGUGGCCUGGCUGAUCUUCACCAACUGCCUCCUCUACUGCCCAGUGGCCUUCCUCACCUUCUCCUCUACCCUCAAUCUCUUCCUUAUCACCCCAGAGGUCAUCAAAUCCGUCUUCCUUGUGGUCCUGCCCCUGCCCGCCUGCCUGAACCCCUUGCUCUACCUGCUCUUCAACCCCCACUUCAGAGAUGACUUCCGCCUGCUGAGGCAGAAAGGGCAGGACAAGAGCAGCUUCCCCCAGUCCUGCAGGGCUGAUGACAUGGAGAAAAGCUCCUAUGACUCCACCCAGGCUCUGGUGAACUUCUCUGACAUCGACCACAUGUGUGAGACACCUGAUUCCCUGGGAGUGCAGCCCAUCCUUGACAGCUACAGCUUCCCCUCCAUGGCGCUCAUCCCCUGCCAGCAAAGGGUGGGCACCAGGGGCAAGGAGAGGGGCUGCUCUGAGCACUGCCCCUGCCUCAAUGACAGUGAGGUGCUGAUAACUCCAGAGAGCCGGGAUCUGUCUGGCAGCAGCCUCCGGAUAACCUUCUUCCCCUCCCCAGCCACGCCGCCCUACACAUCUCACGUAUAACCCUGCUGGGAGCAGCCGUGGGAACGGCCCCACAGCCCACACCGAGGGCCAAAACCAGUGCCCAGGGGCCAGUAAGGUGACACAAACGGCUCCCUGAAAAGCACCAGUACAAUCUGUCUACCCUCAUCCCCAUCACACCUGCCUGGGCAACAGGCACCGCUCUGCCAGCUGCCCCUGGCCUGGAAGGGCUCUGACUGAGCUCCAGACACUCAGGGCUGGCCAUGGAAGGAGACAAUCCCUGUGUGAGUCUCACUUCUGCUAGGAACUGCCUGGGAGAGAGCCCCCCUGGCUCAGGAAGUGGGUCAGGGAAAGCUCCUCCUGCCCACCCUGCAGCAUCACCAGCCAGGAGGAGCCUGCAGCAAAGCCAAGCUUGUGUUCCCAAGGCAGAGACCUCUUGGCCAAAGUCAUGGCUCUGUGGCAACCCCUGGAAAUGGCCACCUGUGAGGACAUGGCCACCAACAGGAACCCCAGGCCUUGUCCUCUAGGGCUCUCUGCAGGUCCCACACACCCCUGGAAAUGGGCUGGUGCCUGCCUCACACCACCAAAAGCAGCAUAUCCAUGUGUACACCUGAGUUUUGGACACCUCUACUUUGGGAAUCCCCAUUCAUUCACUGGGAGCCUCAUGGGUUGGACACAACCCUCACUUCCAGCCAAGCCCAGGAGCUGGGGAUGCUCAGCCUUUCAAUCUGACCCACAGAGUCUCACAAGGGGUCUCUGAAACCCGCAGCAGCCAAACCCAAACAGUUCCCGGAGAAUCCCAUGUGCUCUGCCUGAGGUCACCCAGCAGCACCAAGCCAAGGCACCCAAGGGCACAGCAGGCCCCCUCAAACAGCACAGCACACCUGGGGCACUCCUGUCUGCAGCCACCUGCUCCUGGUCAGACAUGGUGAGAAUGGGGUCUGGCUGCUGCCUCAUUGCCCCCAAACCUCAC